CACCCAACAACACUGGAAAUUUCUUUGCAAUUUCAAUCUCAAUCAUUUAACAAAAAACAACACUGGAAAUUUCUUACAUUACGCAUACAUUUAUCCAUCAAGAAUCAUGAAUCAAGAAUCUAAAUGCCCACGCCCGCCAUUUAAAUUUGCUAACUCUUCUAAUUUUCUCCUCUUGUAUAAACCCCACCACCUUAAACCCUAUUCUUCCCAGGCAAUUUCCAUACCCAUUUUCCCAGGAAAAUGACGCGGAGAAUCUGUGUCGCGCUGGUUUUAGCUGCCAAGGAGUCAAUUUUGGUCAGUCAUUUUCCCUUCUGAAUUCUGGGUAUUUUUCUGUAUGCACUCACUCUUGGAUUGGAUUGAUUUUGAUGCUGCGAAUGCCACAGAGCAAGAGUUUGGAUUGGGUGUUGUGUUUUGGAUCAGAAAAGCUCAAAUCUUGAAAUGGGGAUGGUGUUUGCACAAUGUAGCUAGCUGAACCCAUCCUAGCUAUGAGAGAUUUGAAGUUUUUGGCAAAUUGAAGAUCCACGUUGCUGUUGCACUUCCAUUCCUUACCUCAACUUUUUUGUGAUAAAAUGGCUUGGGGCAAUCAGCCGCCAAAGGGCGACAAACUGCCAACCAAAUACAGGUGUAAUCUACUUGAGGGGGCGUUCUUUGAACUUGCUGAUUCCGAUCGUGAAAACUAUGCCACCAUUUCAUCAGAGAAUAAGAAGCAAAAUAACAAGAUUGCUGAACGUGAACGCAAACCUCCUGAAAUAAUGACCACAAGAGAGCUUAUUUCAGCGGUUGGCAAUAUUUGGAAUUCUGCAGCUCAUCCUCUUUCGUUUAUCCUUUCGAGUGCAAGUUCUGCUCACAGAAAUGUUGAUCCUCAGGAAAACGAUAUACUUUAUUUCCCGCCCAUGGAGGAUUCUUGCAGUUCACCUCCAUCUGCUGACGGCAAAAACACCCCGGUCCAUCUGAGCUGUGAUAAAGAUUCUUCAUUACUUGUGUCAAAAAAUCCGGAGAGUUUGAAUGCUAAUAGGAAUAUCUCAUUCUUUGAAUCUCGUAACAAGAGAGAUUAUUUAUGGAGAUUUCUCCGUAACGGAUUGGAUGUGCAACACAAAUCCAGUAAAGGUAUAGGUCUUUCAAGUCUAAGGAUAUCGUAUAAUCUAGAAAAUGUAUAUGGAUGGAUGAAUGAAAUAGCUUUUUCUAAAUCCAAAUUAGGUUCUUCUAGCAUUCAAAACCAUGAAUUUGGUGAUUGUAGCUUAGGCAACAUUAAUAGUAGUUCAACCAAUGGCUGUGAUGUCAGAGAUGCAACUAGUUGUUCUGAUAACUUAAGCGCUGGUAAUACUGAUUGCCACACUGAUAUAAAACCCACUAGUUCAUUGUCAAGUCACAAUUUAAACCUUCAUAAAAGUUCAGGUGCUUCCAAUAGUGCCUUAUGCUCGAAGAAUGGUAAUGUGCUUUUCCAUGUUCUAGAACCCAAUGCAUUCCAGAUGUCGAGUUCUGAAGUUCAUGGAUAUUCCUCAGAGAAACAUUCCACUUCGGAAUAUUGUGCUUGUGAUGAAACUAAGUAUGAAAAUAGGUCUGACAGUGGGUUGGAUGAUUAUGGUCCGAAUCAACGGUUUGGAGGCAUUGAGUGCAAUUCUGAAUCAGAGAUUAGUGUAGUAGCUAAGGAAAAACCAUGUCAUGCACUUGCAAAACAAGAACACGCAUUCGCAGGGGCAAUGGCUGGUAUUUUUGUCAGCCUUUGUCUGCACCCAAUGGAUACAAUUAAGACUGUCAUUCAAUCGUGUCGUGCUGAUCAGAAACCUUUUUACUACAUAGGCAGAUCGGUUAUCUCUGAAAGAGGUGUAUUGGGGCUUUAUCGUGGAAUUUCUAGCAAUAUUGCUUCUUCAGCGCCAAUAUCUGCACUUUACACUUUCACUUAUGAAUCAGUGAAGGGAGCACUGCUUCCUUUUCUCCACACGGAGUAUCAAUCUGUGGCCCAUUGCGUUGCAGGGGGUUGUGCAAGUGUUGCUACUUCUUUCAUUUUCACUCCAAGUGAGCGCGUUAAACAACAGAUGCAAGUUCGUUCACAUUAUAAAAACUGCUGGAAUGCCUUGAUUGGUAUUAUUAGAAGAGGUGGAUUGCCUUCAUUAUAUGCUGGGUGGGGAGCCGUUCUCUGCCGCAAUGUUCCACACUCAAUUAUCAAGUUCUACACAUAUGAAAGCUUGAAGCAAUUGAUGUCAUCGUCAGUGCAAUUUGACAUCCAAAACAACACACUAAUGACGCUCGUUUGUGGGGGAUUGGCUGGAUCUACGGCUGCGCUAUUCACAACACCUUUCGAUGUAGUGAAGACAAGGUUACAGACACAGGUUCCUGGCUCAAACCAGUAUGAUGGUGUUCUUCACACCCUUAAAGAAAUAGGGAAGAGUGAAGGUCUAAAGGGUCUCUACCGGGGCCUGACUCCGAGAUUGGUGAUGUAUAUGACUCAAGGUGCUCUCUUCUUUGCAUCAUAUGAAUCUUUCAAGAGGUUAUUUUCUUUAGACCUCCAUCAGAGUAGUGCACAAAGGACUCAUCAUGAACCAUGUUUUGGAGAUGAUUCUACACUAUCAUCUGUCAAAGAAUGAAGGUUGCAUUAUUUGCCCUGCGGGUUAGUUCAGUUCGUUCGUCCGAUCAUCUUAAAGUCUUGCUCCAGUAGCAAUGUGGGAUUUGGAUUCUUGGAACCUUGGAAUCAUUGAGAGACUUGACCGAUCAGAGGUGAUGAAGACCCUUUAUGCGCAAAGUAUAUAUGCAGGGGUGGGAACCCGGGGACUGACGGGAUGACUUGCUCUAGUGGCUCUAGGGCAUGAAUUUAAGAUUAGUCUAGCAUAAGCUGGGAUCCCUAAUGUGUGUAUGAUAAUCUAAUCUGUUUACGAAUCUUGAUAGAAUUCAGUUCAAGAUUUGCCAUUUUUAGAAGACAAAAUGGUACAUUUUCAACAAUGGGUGUACAAAAAUAGCACAAUUUUUGCUAAUUAAGGGAUCAAAUUUGAUUGAUUUUAAA